CUCUGCAAAGGCUUUUUCCUGCUUUGCUUUCGACUUUUCCUUUUCCAUUAUGGGGAAGAAAGAGCUGCUGAAGUCUGCGCCAUGGAGGGUGGAGGAAGAAGAAGACGAUAAAUUCAAAGACGCCAAGCUAAAAGUCACCAAUCAGCCCGGUUCAACUCCUAUUAUGCACGUCCCCGGCAAGAAGCUUUCCAAGUCCAAAAACGGCGUCGCUGAUGACGGUGAUGAUUCACUCACUGAAAUGGACCCUGAACUUCGUUACAGCUUCCAGCGUAAUUUCCAGUUUCUUCAGCGUGUAUUCAGCAUGGAUACUCUUGUGAAACCUCUUCCUCCUGCAAUGGCAUACUAUGCCUCCCGCAACUUGAAUUUCUUUACUCGCAUCUUUACCCAAUUUUUCGAUACUGAAGGUAUUGCUGCUGCUCAGAAGUCUCUUGGAAUAGGACAAGAAGAAAAAAUCCGUAAAGUUCGAUGACCUUCCCAUGUUUGAAUAAGAAUGUUCUCAAUCUUCAACUUCGUAAAAUGACUACUGUAGUUCAGGACCUCAAGCAAACUUGGAAUCGUGAAGUAUCAUACCACCUGUUCCAUUAAUGCUUAAUUCUAACGUCACACUGAGUAGCUGUUUUGUGUAACCAUCUGUUUAACUUGUUCAGUUAUUUGUGAAAUUGCUUGUUUUGAUUAAACGAUAAGUCUAGGCGAAACUUAAUGA